AUGGUUGUUGGUGGAAGGGGACUCGGCAAAUCCACACUGAUCAACACCCUUUUCAAUAAGGAGUUGUACCCAAUCGAGACAUUUAACAAACCAGAAUUUCCUAAUCCAGAAGAUCCAUCACCGGUUUCCGUCGAGACUGUCAGUGCCGAUAUUGAAGAGAACAAUGUCAAGCUAAGCUUGACUGUUAUUGAUUGUCCUGGUUUUGGAGAAGGCAUCGACAACACUGAUUCUUGGAAACCCAUUGUCGACGAGAUCAACAAUAGAUUCGACAUGUAUCUGGAGGCCGAGACUAAAAUCAACAGAACCACUGUUGUAGACAACAGAGUUCACGCCUGCUUGUACUUUAUCGAACCCACUGGUCACUCUUUGAAGCCGCUAGGUAUUACAUUCAUGAAGCAGGUCCACGAGAAAGUGAAUCUAAUCCCCGUGAUUGCCAAAUCGGAUACGCUCACCGAGAAGGAAAUCCAGGAAUUUAAACAGAGAAUCAUGGACGAUAUAAUCAACCAAGGCAUCAAGCUUUUCACUCCUCCGGAAUAUGACAACGAUGACGAGGAAACCAAGGUGGCUUCUCGGGAAAUCAUGGCCAAAGCUCCAUUCGCUAUUGUUGGAUCCACUAAUCAGAUCCAAACUUCUGAUGGAAGAAUUGUCAGAGGCAGGUCUUAUCCAUGGGGCAUCAUCGAGAUCGACAAUGAGGACCACUGUGACUUCAUCAAAUUGAGACAGCUAUUGAUUAGAAACUUCAUGGAGGAGCUGAAGGAAACCACUGCCAACGUUCUCUACGAAAAUUAUAGAACAUCCAAGCUGAAGAAGCUGGGAAUUGAGCAAGACGAUUCUGUUUUCCGUGAAUUUGAUCCCGUCUUGAAACAAGAGGAGGAGAAACAGCUGCACGAGGCCAAGUUGGCUAAUAUGGAGGCACAGCUUAGAUCGAUAUUCCAAUCGAAGGUCAGCAAAGAGGAGAAGAAGUUACAGGAGACUGAGGCCGAUCUCUUUGCCAAGCACAAGGAAAUGAGAGACAAGCUGUUGAAACAAAUCAAAUUACUAGAGGAGAAGAAGAGAGAGUUGGAGAUGGCUAAUCCAAUCCAUCAUGGCCCUGCUCCAUUGCCUAGUACUGCGCCAACCAAGACCAGAAAGGGUUUCCUCCGUUAA